AUGGUAAAAAAGCGGUCACGUCCUCGUCGGUCGCAUGUGCUCGGAGGUUGCAGCACAUGCAGGCGCCGGCAUGUCAAGUGUGACCAGAAACGGCCCGUCUGUCGGACGUGUCGGGCUCUCGGAGUGACCUGCGAGGGAUUCUCGGAUCAAGUGCUUUGGAUGCGCACUGAUAGCGUGGAGGCCGAGGAACCUCAUCGGGGCACUAGGCGGCAUCUUUACACAGAACAAUCCAGACUGUCUAUGAGCGCUGCUCUUGGAUCUGAUCUGAUAUCUGGAUCUAUUGAUGCGUCCUUGGCCGAGGUUGACUCAAGAUCGAGAGACCCAGAACGUUCACUUGAUAGUGAUAUCGUGAUUGGGCCUUUUGCGGUCCUCGACUUCUCUACUGCGCCAGAGAAAACGCAACCACAGCCAGAAUUGCCGGAAGUCGAAUCCAACCCAAUUGAGGCCGAAGUAUCACCUGGAGUUGUACCUGAGCAAGUUGAAAAUGUGCUAUCAGAAGACGUACAAGGUCCCAGUCCUUCUUCGAUCCUUGAUUCGCUAUCCCAUAUCGAUGACUUCCUUCACUGGUCUGAUCUAUUGAGCUUCAGCCCAGACCAGAAUGGAUUUACCAUGAGUGCUGCAUCGACUAUCCCAAAUGAUUUAUCGUUCGACAUGAGCCACGAGAUGGGAUUACUCCCAGCGGACUCGACAAUGAACGACGAGCUUCUUCGGAUGUUCACACCCCAGCAGACACCGCCAGAUCCUAUAGUGAUGGAGAUUGAUGCUUUGAGUGACGCCCCCUGUCUGUUGAAACACUUUCAAGACAUCGUCAUCCCACAUAUAAUGGCAAUUCCAUGCCUGCAAAAGUCACCGUGGAAGAUUCUGAAUGUUCCAGCGGCUGUAGUCACUUAUGGUGACUCGACUUUCCUCGGAACGGAGAGGAUUAGCCACGCUCGACUUGCAAAUCUAUACGGCUUGCUUGCAUGCUCGGCCAUUCACCUUGUUCUCAAUCCAUCAACAAUUUCAACCAAACCGCCUGAGUAUUGGUGGUCGGCUGCCAAUCAGGCAUACCAAAAAGCCAAAGAUCAUAUGCAAACCUCGCUACAAUCCGAAACACAUGGUCUGAAAAAGGCAAAAUACAAAGAUCAGCUAAUGGCUACAUGUAUUCUUAUACAGUUCACAAUAAUGUCCGGACAGCAACAGCAUGCUCGAUGUUUCAUGAUUGACGCAGAACGACUAUUACGACUUCGAGGACUAUCCAAGACACGAAUAUCAAAAAAAGCCCGGCUUCUACAUCACGUAUACACCUGGCUACGAAUCGUCGGCGAAAGCACUUUUGUUUUACACGACUAUAAUGUCUCCUCCUCCACUCUCCAAGCCCUUGGCUCUCGAUUUAAUUCACAUCGAUCAAGCACCAAAAGGUCCUCAGAUACAACGGUUACUAAUGAACCAAACCCCCGCCUCGAUGAUUUCCUACGACUUGAAAGCCAAAACUCCGACAAUGAUCUCAACAUCGAUGAACCGAAAGAUCAAACCUCCGGACUACACGACAUUCACCUCCAAGAUUCAAGAAGCUAUCCCGAAACAUUAUACAAACAGAUUUACGGUAUCCCAGAAACAUGGCUUAGCCUAAUGUCACAAACAACCAGAUUAGCCAAUGUGCUAGAGACAUUCCGCACAGCGCGUAAGUCAGGCAAAGAUGUCAAUUUCGAAGCAUGGGAUACUUUACAACGACGAAGCAUGCGCUUAGAAAACAUGAUCUGCUCUUUUAGCCUGGGUCGCACGCGGGGUGGAGUCUUGGAACUUCACGCCGACUCCAAGCCACACAGCCAUAUGGUCGAAGCAUUAAAUGCAGCUCUGGUGAUUUUCUUCUACCGAAGGAUCAGACAAACUCACCCAGCCGCUCUUCAAGGUCAUGUUGACAAUGUUAUUGCUGCAUUGGAGUCAUGCAGUGCGGCCCUUGCACCGGAUGAUCCUACUGGUCCAGGAACCGCUUGGCCACUGUUCAUUGCGGGAUGCGAGGCGAUGUCAUCAUCAAGGCGGGAGGCUAUCACAAGUUUGCUAGAUAGAGCGAGUUCUGUUUGUGGUUUUGCUGCCUUUGUGACUGCUAGGAAUAUCAUUACUGAGGUAUGGCGAAGGCAAGAUGAGCAUCUUACUGCUAACUGUGGUGACAUAAUGCCAUCUUGGGUUGAUACCGUGAAGCAAGGACAACUAUGGCCUUUGUUUUGUUGA